GUUUCCAUAGAGACCAUCAGUCGUGGAGGCGAAUGGAGAACUAGCUCAGAUACGACUAACUACAGGUUGACCUGCAGGAAGCGAGCAGCGACAUCUAACUUUAGCUUCUGCUAACUAGCUAGCUGACGUCACUACCCAGCCACCAGCUAGUCAGGGUAUUCAAUAGGAGGAAUCAGUGCCUAUUCUGCUUAACGUUGCUGACAGGUCAAAAUGUCCUUCAGAGACUUAAGAAAUUUCACAGAAAUGAUGAGGGCCUUGGGGUAUCCUCGGUUGAUAUCCAUGGAAAACUUCAGAACACCAAACUUCACUUUAGUGGCAGAAAUCCUAAUAUGGCUUGUAAAGAGAUAUGAGCCUCAGAUGGAUAUUCCCACGGAUGUUGACACAGAGUCAGACAGAAUAUUUUUCAUCAAGGCUGUGGCCCAGUUUAUGGCAACAAAAGCUCACAUCAAGUUGAACACCAAGCGCCUCUACCAGGCUGAUGGCUACGCAGUGAAAGAGAUGCUGAAGAUCACUUCAGUGCUGUACAGCGCUAUGAAGACCAAGCAGAUGGCCCUGGGAGACAGAACCGAGGAGGAGAACAACAAGUUUAAGUUCGACCUUGGUUCACGGAUUUCAGAUCUCAAAGCAGCUCGGCAGCUAGCAUCUGAGGUCACAUCUAAAGGAGCUUGUCUGUAUGAUUUACUAGGAAAAGAAGUGGACCUAAGGGAAAUGAGAACUGCGGCCAUCGCCAGACCUCUGGAGAUUAAUGAGACUGAAAAGGCCCUGAGAGCUGCCAUCAAGGAGGUUUUGGAAAGUGUGGAGAAGACGAAAGACAUGCUGAGUAACGUUGUUUCUGAUGAAACCAGUCUGGACGCUAAGAUAGAAAAGAAGAAGCAGGAGCAGGAGAGGAAUCGCAAGAGGCUUCAGACACUGCAGAGUGUCAGGCCGGCCUUUAUGGAUGAAUAUGAGAAGAUUGAGGAAGAUCUGCAGAAGCAAUAUGAAACCUUUGUGGAGAAAUUCAGGAACCUCUGCUUCCUGGAGUCUCAGCUGGAUGAAUACCAUAGAAUGGAGCAGGAGAGGUUUGAGGAGGCUGAAAACACACUUAGGAUGAUGCAGCACGUAUUGAGGGAGGAGGAGGAGAGGGAUCUAACGAAAAGCUCCUUGAAAGAUGAGGAUUCUGACAUGGACGUUCCAGAGGACGAAGGUUCAGACAGCGACGUGGAUGAGUGUCGACCUUCUAAGCCACGGCCCACAAGAAACGGCAUCAUGGCAGGAAGAGGAACUCGAUUCAUCGGGAACAUGCAGGGCGGUGAUAGUGAUGAGACUGAAGACAGCGAGAUUGAUGUGGACGAGGAUGACGAGGAAGAUGAAGGCGAGGAGGAGGAGAGCAAAGAUUUGGAGGACGACAGUCUUGAGGGCCCAGUGUCCAGGGGUGCUCGCCCAUCCAAGGGGGGCAUAAGACCGCCUUUGCUGGAGGAGAGCGACAACGACUUCUGAAAGAAUACAGAUGAGCUCCAGCUGUUUCUGUGUACCAGCUCAGAUAAAACCAUCUAAUUACUUUUCAGAGAAAUGCAUUAAUUAUUAUCAUGUCUUUUUGCAACAUAAAAAUCAACAUGAUUCCUUUUUAUAUAUUUGUGUAAACUGUU